GCGGUUACGUUUGUUGCAAGUCGUUGAAGUUGGUUGCCACGUAGUUUUGGCAUUUUUGCAAGUAGUGUAAAACCUCGCCGGGCUCCUGUGUCUGGCCAUGGUGAGCCGUCAUCUGCUGUCUUUGUAGAAAGUUAGCCGUCUUAAGGAACAUGGUGCUUCUUUGUCUAUGUUCGAUAUUUUUCUCUCUCGUUGUCUCUGUAAGUGGAGGCAAACUGCCCGAGCCAGAGGUGAAAACCGAGGUUUUGCAUAGGCCCCUUAUUUGUAAUAGAAAGUCCAAAUAUGGAGACAUGCUUCUGGUUCAUUUCGAGGGAUUUCUGCAGAGCAAUGGCACCAUGUUUCACUCCAGCCGCCAACAUGGGGAUAAAAACCCAGUAUGGUUUACUCUUGGUACCCGGGAGGUGCUCAUUGGUUGGGACAAAGGCCUUCAGGACAUGUGCGUGGGAGAACGGAGGAAACUGACCAUUCCCCCGGCUUUGGCAUACGGGAGGGAGGGAAAAGGCAAAAUACCACCGAGCAGCACUCUGAUUUUUGACAUUGAGCUCAUUGAGAUCCAAAGCGGUCCCAGGUCUCACGAUUCCUUCAGGAAGAUGGAUCUUAAUGAUGACUGGAAGCUCUCCAAAGUAGAGGUGAAAGAGUACCUGAGGAAAGAGUUUGAGAAACACGGAUAUCAUGCCAACGACUCGCACCAUGAAGUGAUGGUAGAAGACAUCUUCAUAAAGGAAGAUGAAGACAACGACGGCUUCAUUUCUGCCAGGGAGUUCACUUUGAAACAUGAUGAACUGUGAAGGCCAGGGCUCGCCCCGGCGUUUCAAAGUGCCAGGAGUGUUUACAUAGCUAUUCAGUCAUGUCUACUCUAUGUGGAAGAUAGCUAAUAAAAUCUUUCCCUGUUGAGGUCUUGGUGCUCCUCAGAAUGCAGCACAAUUAAAUAAAUAUUUAAAUUCAGGGGGGGUUUUUUGUUCAUUAUCUAAUCACUUUAAGUCUUUCAAAGACUAUUUAUCACACUGCGAGCAAUUCAAUCUACUGCAAAUCAGAUCCACAACAAUAUCCAUCUGUUGUAUUCCUUUUGUUGACUGAUUUCUACUACAGUUUAUGGAAAUUCUAAAAACAAUCUACAGUAUUAAGUCAUUUUUCUACAUUCUACAUGCACUGAUUAUUUUACGUAAUGUCUUUUUACAGUGUAUC